GGCGGCGUAGGUCGGCGCCGUGCGCGCUCAGUCGGUUGCGCGCCGGUCGAGUGUGUGGACGGACGGUCGGACUCGGUGUUGGAUCGUUAUUGGUGGGGUUUUUUGGUGUAUACCGGGCGAGAGACUUUUAUGCGAGUUGCCGAGGCAGGACGGUGAGCCGCGGGGUGUCCUUACGUGAGGGUGCACCCUUUUAAGGGGUUAGGCAGAAGUGAGCUGUUGGUCUGAUUGACAAAAUGACGACCGACAUCUCGGUGGUGCGCGGGGGUUGGGACCCCACGCUACAACAAGAGAUUGUCGACGAGUACGAAUACGACGGGGGAAACUCGAGUUCGAGACUUUUCGAGCGCUCACGCAUCAAGGCGUUAGCUGGUGAGCGUGAAUUAGUGCAAAAGAAGACUUUCCAGAAAUGGGUCAACUCCCACUUAGUGCGGUGCUCCUGCCGGAUCGGCGAUCUCUACGUCGAUCUGCGGGACGGCAAGAUGCUGAUCAGGCUGCUGGAGAUCCUGUCGGGUGAGCGUCUGCCGCGGCCCACCAAGGGCAAGAUGCGGAUACAUUGCCUGGAGAACGUGGACAAGGCGCUGCAGUUCCUGCGCGAGCAGCGGGUGCAUCUGGAGAACAUGGGCUCGCACGAUAUCGUGGACGGUAAUCCGCGGCUCAGCCUGGGCCUGAUCUGGACGAUAAUCCUGCGAUUCCAGAUCCAGGAUAUCACGAUCGAGGAGACGGACAAUCAGGAGACCAAGUCCGCGAAGGACGCCCUACUGCUGUGGUGUCAGAUGAAGACCGCGGGCUACCAUAACGUGAACGUGAGGAAUUUCACGACCUCGUGGCGCGACGGCUUGGCCUUCAACGCCAUCAUUCACAAGCACCGUCCGGAUCUGAUACAAUUCGAGAAGCUCUCCAAGUCGAACGCUAUCUACAAUCUGAACAACGCGUUCAACGUCGCCGAGGAUAAGCUCGGUCUUACGAAGCUCUUGGACGCCGAGGACAUCUUCGUCGAUCAUCCGGACGAGAAGUCCAUCAUAACGUACGUUGUCACAUACUACCAUUACUUCUCGAAGAUGAAGCAGGAGACGGUGCAGGGUAAGAGGAUCGGCAAGGUGGUCGGCAUCGCGAUGGAGAACGACCGCAUGAUACACGAGUACGAGAGCCUCACCAGCGACCUGCUCCGUUGGAUCGAGGCCACCAUAGAGGCCCUCGGCGAUCGCAGAUUCGCCAACUCGCUGGUUGGUGUUCAGUCGCAGCUCUCGCAAUUCUCGAAUUACCGCACCGUGGAGAAGCCGCCCAAGUUCGUGGAGAAGGGCAACCUGGAGGUGCUGUUGUUCACCUUGCAGUCGAAGAUGCGCGCGAACAACCAGAAGCCGUACACACCCAAGGAGGGCAAGAUGAUAUCCGACAUCAACAAGGCUUGGGAGCGACUGGAGAAGGCGGAGCACGAGCGCGAGUUGGCGCUGCGAGAGGAGCUGAUUCGUCAGGAAAAGCUCGAGCAGCUGGCGGCUCGGUUCAAUCGGAAGGCUAGCAUGCGCGAGACCUGGCUGUCGGAGAACCAACGGCUGGUCUCGCAGGACAACUUCGGCUUCGACCUGGCCGCGGUGGAGGCCGCCGCUAAGAAGCACGAGGCCAUCGAGACCGACAUAUUCGCGUACGAGGAGCGCGUGCAGGCGGUGAUGGCGGUCUCGCAGGAGCUCGAGGCGGAGAAUUACCACGACAUCGAGCGCAUCAACGCGCGCAAGGACAACGUACUCAGACUGUGGAAUUACCUGUUGGAGCUGCUGCGCGCCCGGCGAAUGCGGCUGGAGCUGUCGCUGCAGCUGCAGCAGAACUUCCAGGAGAUGCUGUACAUCCUCGACAGCAUGGAGGAGAUCAAGAUGAGGCUGCUGACCGACGAUUACGGCAAGCACCUGAUGGGCGUGGAGGAUCUGCUGCAGAAGCAUUCGCUCGUCGAGGCGGACAUCAACGUGCUCGGCGAGCGCGUCAAGGCCGUUGUCCAACAGAGUCAGAGAUUCCUAGAGCAUGGAGAAGGCUAUCGACCGUGUGACCCGACCAUCAUCGUCGAGCGCGUGCAACAACUCGAGGGCGCGUACGCCGAGCUGGUUAGACUGGCGGUCGAGCGUCGUGCCAGGCUCGAGGAAUCUCGGAAGCUGUGGCAAUUCUAUUGGGACAUGGCCGACGAGGAGAAUUGGAUCAAAGAGAAGGAGCAGAUCGUGUCGACGGGUGACAUCGGCCACGAUCUCACCACCAUCAACUUGCUGUUGUCCAAGCACAAGGCGCUGGAGAAUGAGAUACAGUCGCAUGAGCCGCAGCUCAUGUCGGUCGCCGCGGUCGGCGACGAGCUGGUGCGCCAACAGCACUUCGGCUCCGACCGUAUUCAAGAGAGACUUCAGGAGAUACUGGCCAUGUGGAAUCACUUGCUGGACUUGGCGGCCUUCAGGAGGAAACGCCUCGAGGAAGCCGUCGAUUAUCACCAGCUCUUCGCGGACGCGGACGACAUCGACAUCUGGAUGCUGGACACCUUGCGGCUCGUCUCGUCCGAGGACGUCGGCAGGGACGAGGCGAACGCGCAGUCGUUGCUGAAGAAGCACAAGGACGUGACGGACGAGCUGAAGAACUACGCGACGACCAUCGAACAGCUUCACCAGCAGGCGUCCUCGUUGGGCGAGCAGGACGCCAAGUCGCCGGAGGUCUUGGAGAGACUGACCUCGAUAGACUCCCGAUACAAGGAGCUGCUGGAGCUGGCCAAGCUGCGCAAGCAGAGGCUGCUGGACGCGUUGUCCCUGUACAAGGUGUUCAGCGAGACCGACGGGGUCGAGCAAUGGAUCGGCGAGAAGAACAGGAUGCUCGACACGAUGGUGCCCGCCAAGGACAUCGAGGACGUGGAGAUCAUGAAGCACCGGUACAACGGCUUCGAGAAGGAGAUGAACGCGAACGCUUCCCGCGUCGCCGUGGUCAAUCAGCUCGCCCGGCAGCUUCUGCACGUCGAGCAUCCGAACUCGGAGCAGAUAAUCGCCCGGCAAAACGAGCUGAAUCAGAAGUGGGCCGAGCUGCGCGAGAAAGCGGAGGGCAAGCGCGAGGAGCUCAACUCCGCCCACGGCGUGCAGACCUUCCACAUCGAGUGUCGCGAGACCGUGUCUUGGAUCGAGGAUAAGAAGCGCAUCCUGCAGCAGACCGACAGUCUGGAGAUGGACCUGACCGGCGUGAUGACCCUGCAGCGAAGACUCAGCGGCAUGGAGCGCGACUUGGCCGCGAUACAGGCCAAGCUGGACGCCCUGGAGAAGGAGGCUCAGGUGAUACAGCAGGAGCAUCCGGAGGAGGCGGCCGUGAUACGCGAGCGAAUCGCGCAGAUACAUCUGAUCUGGGAGCAGCUGACGCAGAUGCUGAAGGAGCGCGACGCUAAGCUCGAGGAGGCCGGCGACCUUCAUCGGUUCUUGCGCGACCUCGACCACUUCCAAGCGUGGCUCACGAAGACGCAGACCGACGUCGCCAGCGAGGACACGCCGACCAGUCUCGCCGACGCCGAGAGACUGCUCACGCAGCAUCAGAACAUCAAGGAGGAGAUCGACAAUUACACCGACGACUACCAGAAGAUGAUGGAGUACGGCGAGAGGCUGACCACGGAGGCCGGCGACGGCGACACGCAGUACAUGUUCCUGCGGGAGAGGCUGAACGCGCUCAAGAUGGGCUGGGAGGAGCUGCACCAGAUGUGGGUGAACCGGCAGAAUCUCCUGUCCAACUCGCUGAAUCUGCAGGUGUUCGACCGCGACGCGCGACAGGCCGAGGUGUUGCUGUCGCAGCAGGAACACAUACUCGCCAAGGACGAGACGCCGGCGAACUUCGAGCAAGCGGAACACAUGAUCAAGCGGCACGAGGCCUUCAUGACCACCAUGGACGCGAACGACGAGAAGAUCAACUCGGUCGUGCAGUUCGCCGGCCGCCUCGUCGACGAGGGACACUUCGCCGCCGACAAAGUGAAGAAGAAGGCCGAGAGCAUCAACGAGCGCCGGCGGGUGAAUCGCGAGAAGGCCAAUCAGCUGAUGGAGAAGCUGAAGGAUCAGCUGCAGCUGCAGAUGUUCCUGCAGGACUGCGAGGAGCUCGGCGAGUGGGUGCAAGAGAAACAUAUCACUGCCCAAGACGAGACGUACCGAAGCGCCAAGACCGUUCACAGCAAGUGGACCCGCCAUCAGGCGUUCGAGGCGGAGAUCGCCAGCAACAAGGACCGCCUGCAGCAGCUGCAGCAGGCCGCCGACGAAUUGAUCCAGCAGAAGCCGGACUUGGCCGAGAUCAUAAAGCCGAAGGUGGCCGAAUUGGCCGACCAGUUCGUGGAGCUGGAGACGACCACUCACGACAAGGGCGAGCGACUGUUCGACGCGAAUCGCGAAGUACUGAUACACCAGACCUGCGACGACAUCGACUCGUGGAUGAACGAGCUGGAGAAGCAGAUAGAGAGCACCGACACCGGCUCCGACCUCGCGUCCGUCAACAUACUCAUGCAGAAGCAACAGAUGAUCGAGACGCAGAUGGCGGUGAAGGCGCGACAAGUCACCGAGCUCGACAAGCAGGCUGAACACCUGCAGCGCACCGUGCCCGACGACAAGAUGGAGGAGAUCAAGUGCAAGAAGGAGAAGGUCGCCCAGCGAUUCGCCCAGCUGAAGGCGCCGCUGAUCGACCGCCAACGGCACCUGGAGAAGAAGAAGGAGGCCUUCCAGUUCCGGCGCGACGUCGAGGACGAGAAACUGUGGAUCGCGGAGAAGAUGCCGCAGGCGACGAGCAGCGAAUACGGCACUUCGCUGUUCAACGUUCACAUGCUGAAGAAGAAGAAUCAGUCGUUGCGCACCGAGAUCGAGAAUCACGAGCCCAGGAUCAAUCUGGUCUGCAACAACGGGCAGAAGCUGAUCGACGAGGGCCACGAGGACAGUUCCGAGUUCCAGAAGCUGAUAUCCGAGCUGACGGAGAAGUGGCGGGAGUUGAAGGACGCCGUCGACGACAGGAACAGGCACUUGCUGCAGAACGAGAAGGCGCAGCAGUACUUCUUCGACGCCACCGAGGCCGAGUCGUGGAUGAGCGAGCAGGAGUUGUACAUGAUGGUCGAAGAUCGCGGCAAGGACGAGAUCUCCGCGCAGAACCUGAUGAAGAAGCACGAAUCGCUGGAGCACGCCGUCGAGGAUUACGCGGAGACGAUCCGCCAGCUCGGGGAGACCGCCCGGCAGCUUAUCAACGAUCAGCACCCGUUGGGCGAUCAGAUCGCGGUGAAGCAGUCGCAGGUGGACAAACUGUACGCCGGACUGAAGGAUCUCGCGGGCGAACGUCGCGCGAAACUCGACGAGGCGCUCCAGCUGUUCAUGUUGAAUCGCGAGGUCGACGACCUGGAGCAGUGGAUCGCGGAGAGAGAAUUGGUCGCCAGCAGCCACGAGUUGGGCCAGGAUUACGAUCACGUCACCUUGCUGUGGGAGAGAUUCAAGGAGUUCGCCCGCGACACCGAGGCGAUCGGCUCCGAAAGGGUGGAGGCCGUCAACGGCAUCGCCGAUUCUCUGAUCGCCACCGGCCACUCGGACGCAGCCACGAUCGCCGAAUGGAAGGACGGUCUGAACGAGGUCUGGCAGGACCUGCUCGAGCUGAUCGAGACCCGCACUCAGAUGCUGGUGGCCAGUCGCGAGCUGCACAAGUUCUUCCACGACUGCAAGGACGUGCUCGGCAGGAUCCUGGAGAAACAGAACGCCAUGUCUGACGAGCUGGGCCGCGACGCCGGCUCGGUGUCGGCGCUCCAGCGUAAGCACGCCAACUUCAUUCAGGAUCUGUCGACGUUGCAGAGCCAGGUGACGCAGAUCGAGGAGGAGUCCGCUAAACUGCAGGCGAGCUACGCCGGCGACAAGGCGCAGGAGAUCACGAAUCGCGAGGCCGAGGUGGUCGCGGCGUGGAACAAUCUGCAGUCCCUGUGCGAAGGCAGACGCACCAAGCUCGAGGACACCGGCGACCUCUUCAAGUUCUUCAACAUGGUCAGAACGCUGAUGAUCUGGAUGGACGACGUGGUGCGCCAGAUGAACACGUCCGAGAAGCCGCGCGACGUCGCCGGCGUCGAGCUGCUCAUGAACAAUCACCAGAGCCUGAAGGCGGAGAUCGACGCCAGGGAGGAUAAUCUGAUGGCGUGCAUCAAUCUCGGCAAGGACCUGUUAGCUAGAAACCAUUACGCGAGCGCGCAGAUUAAGGAGAAACUGGCCGCAUUAACGGACCACAGAAACGCGCUGUUGCACCGAUGGGAGGAACGCUGGGAGAAUUUACAGCUCAUCUUGGAAGUCUACCAAUUCGCCCGAGACGCGGCGGUUGCCGAAGCAUGGUUAAUUGCUCAAGAGCCGUAUCUUAUGAGCCAAGAACUUGGUCACACUAUCGACGAGGUUGAGAACCUGAUCAAGAAGCACGAAGCCUUCGAAAAAUCGGCAGCUGCUCAAGAGGAAAGGUUUAGUGCCUUGCACCGACUUACUACUUUCGAGUUGAAGGAAUUAAAACGACGGGAGCAAGAAAGAGAAGAAGAGGAGAGACGCAAGAAGGAAGAAGCGGCGGCAGCGGAGGCCGCGCGUUUGGCUAAGGCGACGCCCGUUACUAGUCCAGACGAACCACCCAGUGAAAGAGCCGAAACAGAUGGAGUAACGAGCGGAGAACGCGCCGGAGAAGACGAAGGACACGUGGCACAUCGCAAGGCUUCCACACGUACACCACAGCCUCAAGACAAGCCCAAGGAAGUGCAUGCUCAAAAACCCACGCAACUGACUUUACGGGAAGGAGGAACCCCACCUGUCGCACCGACCUCAGCCAAGUCCGCGAAGUCACCGACUUCGCCGCGUGGUCUACCUACAACACCGACAACUCCGAAAGGCGGAAGCGGCUCCGAGUCCGGUACUUUAAGGCGUAAGGAGCGAAGCCGCAGCAAGUCACCAUUCAGGAGCUUCCGCUGGAGAAAAUCCGCCAAGUCGCCGAGUUUAGAUCGCAGUGGCGUGAGUGAUGAUGAGCACAGCAUUCCUGAACAACGUAGCCCGAGCGACGACGAGUUCGAGGGACCGUUGCAGCGGAAGCACGAGUGGGAGAGCACGACGAAGAAGGCAUCCAACCGCUCCUGGGACAAAGUGUACAUGGUCGUACGCGGACAAAACUUAUAUGUAUAUAAGGAUCAGAAGUCGUACAAAGCGUCGCCCGAUCAAACGUACAAAGGAGAGACUCCUCUUGAUUUACGAGGCGCGACUAUUACCGUAGCGAGUGAUUACACUAAGAAGAAACAUGUCUUCCGAGUCAAGUCGCAAAGCGGAUCCGACUUCCUGUUCCAGGCCAAAGACGACGCGGAAAUGAUCGACUGGGUGUCCGCAUUAAAUCAGGCAGCACAGGGAACAUCGGGUGCGAGUACAUCCAGGGCUCACACCUUGCCCGCUCCGACACAAGCCGAAACCAAGCGGCGUAGUUUCUUCACUCUCAAGAAGAACUAAACUGGAGCAGUGAAGUCCGGUAUAAGCCGCUCGUAAUGCGUCUGCACAACACAUCGUGUUUAAGAGAAAAUGUUUCGUCGCUCUACAUGGUUAAAGCAACGCUAAUAUAAAAUUAGAAGACAUGGCCACGGUGUUACGAAAUGAAUUGAAGGAUGGAUCGAACGGGUCUUUGAAAAACGCCUACGUAUGAAGAACGGAGAUAUAUAACAGUUAUAUGUUGAUAUUAUGCAAGUGUAGGCUAAUUGAAAGUCUAAUUAAAUUUAGUUCUUCAAUGAAUUUUUGGACACUUUGCAAUAUUGCUAGUUGACGAGAGAAGAGACAUUUGAGAUGUCCCACGUUAGCGUGCUCAGAGACUUUAUUGACACGGGAUUUUAUUUCGUCACAAUUACGUGUGCAUGUCGCGCGCGUCUUGUCCAUACACAUCGAAGUGCGCGAUCAUUUCUGCCUGUCAUUCGGUGAAACGAACGAUGUCUUCUUUAUGGUACAAAAUAUUUCGUCGUAAGUUUCCGCGAUGCAUUUUUGCGUGGUGUUCUUUUCAAUUUAUUUGAUACGGAAGACGAGUUUUAACUUUUUAGUUUCGCGAGAAAAACAUGGUUCGGUGUAGACGCACCGUAACCACACAUACAUACACGCGUGGUUUAUGGUAAUUUAUAAUUAUUUUACACGGCUCGCAUGCGAGCUCGGUUUUAUGGCAAAAUUAACUUGGUCACAUAUUAAUUCGUUUUAUUGUACGUGUUUCGUGCGAUUUCUGGCAUCACAGAAACGAUAUAAUCUCCGAUUGUUCCAAGGAGAACGGGAAGUGGAUUCCAGCCGUGUUAAUCGCUUAGGAUAUAUCGCUUUCAUUAUCAUUUUCUUCUCUCUCUUUUUUUUUUAUCGCACUGCAGUAUUUACUUCUUUUUCCUGCAAACGCGUAUGUUUGCGUUCGAAUGACUGCCAUAUAUUUUAAGAAACACACUAACUUGGGACAUAAUAUUAUAUAAACUAGCUUUUAACGAAUUGUUAAAUAUGCAUCGCCCUAAGGGAAAAUCGCAUUGAAGAAUUAUAAAGAAAAAGAAGAAGAAGAAAAAAUUGUAAUGACUAACGAGAGAGAGUUUCCCCCUUAAUAUGAAACCCAAAUAUCACGAUUCUCUGCAGAUUUGGAAGAAUAUUUGAAUUUUUUUAGACUCGCGCGCGAAUGGCACGAUUUCGCGCCGAGUGAACGCUUACGGUGAAUUUAUUAUAUUUAACCGUGUUAUCACUGUCGCAAAUCACGUUUCACUCGGCGUCAAAUCUGAACAUUCGGCGCGACGCGCGGACUAUAUUACUUUUGUAAUUGUUAAUUUUUUUAAUAUUUAUCACGUUCAUAUCUUGUUUCUUAGAGUGUAAGUCUCGUUUGUCGAGUUCUAAAGGACAGCUUCGAAAACAAAUUUUGAGUUUAGCGGUAAUACCUUGGAGAUUAUGUAAUGGUUUCACGAGAGAGAAUAUAUCACGUUUUCUUUUGGUUUCUCGGUUCUCAAUGCGACUCGACCAAUUGACCCGAUGUACUGUGUAUCUUUGGAAUGCAAUCUUCUUAGCGAUAAUCUCUCUUUGAUUCUCUAAUCGACUCACGGUUCAAAUAUCCGGCAGAUCUAAGUUCGCAUAUAGCAAUUGCAUUGUCGGCUAAGCUUAACUCAAAAACUUGUAUAUAUAUAUAUCUAUCUACGGAGCUCCUAUACACGUUAUGUACGCGAGAAUAAUUCUAAUCAAAAUGGUCGUACAUCGUCGCUUUUAUAAUUUUAUGCAUGUGCAUUUAGCGGAACAUUGAAUAUCGGAGUCGCAUUGCUAAACAACACAAUUUGGUAUGUCAUAGCUAUGUGUUUUAUAUAUAAAUAUACAUAUAAAUAUAUAAAUACAGAACGAUAAAAAGCAUUAAAUUAUAAGAAAUAAAAAAAUUAUAAUAGAUAAUAUAUAUAAUAAUAAUAAUUGUCAAAUUAACGUGGCUCUUUUCGUUUUAAAACGGCCUUCCUCGUGGAUUCUCGUCGUCGACAAAGGGCGAAAAAGAAUUUAAAAAACAAAAGAGAGAGAAAUCGGAGCAACAACGUUGUUCGCAAUUCGACGUGUCGAAUCGAUCGAAUUGAAUGGAAAUUUAUCGGAGAACACGCCGGCAACUGGACACCUGAUUUAACAGGAGCGCUUUAACACGAAAAGAAGUCGCAAUAUAUAUCAUUAAACACUCGCUUAUAUCGAACGUUCUUUUGGUUGUACUUUUCAGGCUGGCUAUUCUCGAUACAUUUAGAAAAACGUAGAUCCCUAAUCACUUUAGAGAGAGAAUCGAUUCUUUUCCUUUUACUAUAUUUGUCUACGCGCUGUAUUAACGACAUGAGAUGAUGAUUUCGCAUUAUUAAUUCCCCCGUCGUCACCUGUAAAACGAAUUAACCACUCUCACUUCAUCGUUAUUGUCAUCGCGGUGAGACACGGCGACAAUGUAUGCAAUUGAUUGCUUUACCUUCAAACCUUCAUUAAGGUCAACGUGUAAUUUUUUAAUGUGCCUUUUUAUAGCUUCAUUGAGAAAUAAAAAUGCGAUACGUAUCAA